CGAAAGUUUACUUCUAUAGGGAAUAAAAAUUUGUGUACGUUUUCAUGAUACAUUGUGAGAUACAAAACGAAGGAAAUACAUUGUACGUAUCUUAAAUUUUUUAAUUUGAUCAUUUGUUUCGUUUAAUUUCGGAAAUGUCAACUCGAAAAAAAAAUAAAAAUAAAAUGAUGGGGAAAAGACAUCGUCAUGUAUUAAGAAAGGAAGAAAGGUAUCGUCAAGAGAGAGAUAUAUCGGACAAAGAAGAAUCAGAAUCAGAAGAAGAAUGGCCAAUAUCUUUUCCCGUUGCUAUGUGGGAUUUAGAACAAUGUGAUCCCAAAAAAUGUACAGGUAAAAAAUUAUCUAGGCAUGGUUUAAUAAAAACAUUGAGGUUAAGUACCCGUUUUCCUGGUUUAGUACUGUCUCCUUCAGGCAAAAGAUGUGUCAAUCCGAUGGAUCGUAAUAUUAUACAAGAUUUUGGUUGUGCCGUUGUGGAUUGUAGUUGGGCUCGUAUAGAUAGCACACCAAUUGGACAAAUAAAGACAUCUAACCCUCGUUUGUUACCUUUCCUUGUUGCAGCAAAUCCAAUAAAUUAUGGAAAACCUUGUAAAUUAAGUUGUGUAGAAGCAAUAGCUGCAACGUUAAUUAUAACAGGAUUUCCAGAUGAAGCUAAUUUUUAUCUAGGAAAGUUUUCAUGGGGACAUUCUUUCCUCAAAUUGAAUAAAGAAUUAUUAGGAAGAUAUGCUACUUGUACAAAUGCAGAAGAAAUUAUAGCUGUCCAGGAAGACUACCUUAAAAAUGCAAUACAAGAAAAAUUAGAUAGACAAGCACUACCUGAUUUUCCACCUAGUGAUACAGAAUCUGAAGAGGAAGAAAAGGAACAAGAAGUUGAUAGCUAAGCUCGAUUUCAUAGGUUGAAUUCUUAUGUUAAAAUAAUGAUAAUAAGUUACCGAAAUGAAUACAAAAGAAGAAAAUAUCGAGACGUGAAUACAAUUUAAAUACCGACAUUUCUAUUUGGGACAGAAUAGGCACGACUGAUGUAGUUCGUGAUAAUAACUAAUACUAUUUUAAAUGUUUCUGCAGAAUUAUUUUAUUUUAGUUCCGUUAUAUAUGCGAUUCGUUAUUCAGUUUUUAAUUUUUUAAACCGUCAUAAACCAAAAUUAUUUGUAAAUUUUUGUAGCAUGUAAAUUGGUAGUUUAUAAAAUUUGAAGACUGUAUGAAUUUUUCAAUUUUUAAAAAUAUCGCCAUUAGAAACCGGAUCAAACCGAAAUUGUAGAUCUUCGUUGCAAGUAAUUCAUUUUUUAUAUAAAUCUCAAGUCUAUCUAUCUUUUAGACGAUAGAACGUAUACAUACAUAUCAACAUUUAAAUUAUGAUAUGAAUUUUUAUGAUAUAAAAAUCCAAAAAUGUUAUUAAAUAUCUAAGAUAAUUUCGAAGAUAAUCAUCCGUUAUAUUUGUAAGUAUGCGAUCAUGUCUAAAAACAUGCUGAUAAUAUGUAAUAUAAAAAAAAAAUGUAAAGAAUAAAAACUUCAUUGAUCA